UGGGCAACGUUCUGUGGGGCGACCUUGCCACUUUCUAUAAAUAAACAUUGAACUGGACUGAACGCUGUGCUAGCGAGCUUCAAGCUGGUUCAUUCAUGGUGCGUGCGCUGAAUUCAUCUUCGCCUUAUGCUUCGAAGAACAAAAUCGGCUACGUAGUUGAGGGUAACCUUGAGUUGUUUGUUCCAACAAAUUCGCACAGUCUAUUCAUCGGGCACCUCCUCAAAUUCUUAUCGAACAGAAACAGAGAGAAAAUUUUUGUUGGAUCAUCGAGCGGGAGAACGAUGGCGUAUAAAGUAAGCAGCUUUAUGCGGGAGCUUGCGAGAGCUCAAAAGAAUAGUCCCAUGCAUAACCAGACCUGUUCCAUCGCUUAACAUACUCAUCGUUUAUACCACAUUGUUAUCGGUAUACGUUUUCAUGUUGUAGUGGUCAUUUUAAAACGACCAAGUGAGAUGACGUCACAAGCAAUUCGAAGGAAAGAUGGGUUGGUUCUCUGAUGGUAUGGACAGUGCCGGUUGUCCACGAUCACGAUCGCGAUCAGUCGUGUUGUAGAGGUCUUCUGAUUGUGAUCGUCGAUUGGGUUCAGUGAAGAGCAAGAACGUUGUUCGUGGUCAAGGUUUUUGAAGUGGUGACAGCUUAAUAGGCGAUGUAAAUAUGGAGCAACGAGAAUAUCGCAAUGCGAUUAUUCGCGCCGUUGCACAGGAAGAUAUGCACUAUAGUGUUAAAAGAAAAAAUCUGGAAGCAUUCGUUGAUGCCCUUACCAAAGGAGCGGAUGUAAAUAAAAGAACAAGAAAACAAGAAACAGGAGAUAUUACUUCUACCUUUGAACAUUGUUUGACAAUGAAAGGAAUGGCGAAAUUUAUCGAGGCGUGCCUUAAGCAUGGCGCUCACGCUGCAACUCUCAAUCCAUCCUCCAACAAGUACCCCAUUCAUCUGGCAGUCGAAACCUGUGAUUUUCAUAACCUGCAAGAGCUGGUCAAAAGCCACCUCUUACUUAUCGAUCAAAAGUUUAACGGAUGUACCGCAUUAUUUAUGCUGUUUGAGAUGCUGACAACAGAAAAUUACGGGAAUGUGUUCGAAUGCAUUAAGGUGUUGUUGGAACAAGGUGCCGAUAUUAACACAAGUGACCCGGAUGAAAAAUCUCCCAUCGCGAUUCUGGUGUCUGGAAAUGAUAGCUGGCGAAAACCUAUCCUAGAGUAUUGUUUCGCACACCAUUACGUCGAUGUGGAUAUCAAAAUGUCAGCUACAAACAAUGAAUUGAUACGGGAUGUCAUCCAGAAACAUUUCCCUGAUGUUGCCAUGCCUGUGAAAAUAACGGAAUCGGAUUCGAUAUCGAUUUCAGUUCUGGAGACAAUAUUAAUGAAUGAUACGGAGAUAGUAUUUCUUGAAGCCUGCCGGCUGUUUAGAGCAAAAGAGAAAUCAGCGAAACCCGAUAGUGAGCAUGCAAGCCCUUGCAACGUGCAUAUGAUACCUGAUGACGAUUUGGAGAAUUUGUUAUUUAAGGCUGUCUUGAAAAGUAAGCUGAAGGCUAUCGCUUUGCUACUCGAGCCCUCCUGGAGGAACGUACCGUUUUCCGAAGUUGAUUGGAUAGUUAGGUCGCUUUCGUGGGUACUACACACGUGCUGCGACUUUGGAAACGUAAAGGUGCUCGAGUGGUGUCUAAACACCACAUCGAAGCCUGUAACUGGACCGAUGUACCAGGAUAGCCUCCUAUCCUCUAUCGAUGAUGAAUUGUGUGCCCAAGGUUACAGUACUAUGCUUUCGCAACUGAUACAGCAGAUGGAUCCGACCGUUGACAUGAACGUUUGUCCUUUUUUUAAAUGCAUGCAGUUGUUGCUGCAAGACGGGCGCAUCGAUAUCGAUAAAAAGAGCGGAUUUUUGCAAACUACAGCACUACAUUGUGCGGCUAAUUUCAAGGUAGCUCAUGCUCAAGAGCUACUUCUUUCCAAAGGGGCCACAUUACGCGCCAGAAACUUGUUUAACCAAUUACUGAUUAGUGCGAUAGACCCAAUGGUGCUGGAAAAAUAUUUGGAUUCUUGCGUGUCUUCUCGCUUUCAGAGUCAUACAGACAAUAAAUAUUACACGAUGGAUUUAUCAAAUAUUGUGAGGUCGCCAAAGAAAACGGUCAAAACAAAGAAUGAUUCAAACGAUGAAUUGCUGCUAAUUUUAAACUUGGCACAUUCAUCUGACAAAAAACAUCUUUUACAACAUCCACUGAUUUAUAUAAUUUUGUUGCAAAAGUGGCUCAGAUUAAGAAUGUUCUACUACUCUAAUCUAUUGCUGUGCACUGCAUUUUCUGUACUAUUUUUUCUCUACGUGACGCUGCUCUACGGACGUGAUGAUGCGCCGAAUUUUUGGUAUUGGCCUACAUGCGCAUUUUUAAUUGUACUACUAAUUUGUAUGGGAGUGAGAGAACUGGUUCAAUUUUGUCUUAACGCGAAAGAAUACAUACGAUCCGUGGAAAAUUAUGUUGAAAUUAUUUUAAUCGCUGGUGCCGCAUACGUAUUGUAUUUGGAUUAUAUCAACGAUGGACAAACUGCAGUACCAGCAUUGAUUGCAAUAUUACCUGCUCUCAAUCUAACUCUGCUGGUGGGAUCGCUUCCAAUAUUAUCCUUAUCAACCCACAUGGUUAUGCUGAAAACGGUUUCUAAAAAUUUCUUUGAGUGCUUUUUGCUUUACGCGAUCAUUUUGGUAACAUUUGCCGCUAGCUUCUACACAUUGUUUCGAGAAACCAAUUCAAAAGGCAAUGUAACACAGGGCAUCGAACAACAAGAGACCGUUGGCGAAAAUAUAACCGAAAUUCUGAAGUCUCUUAAGGAUUCAGUAGAUAUUUUAAGCCUUAAGAUACAGCACAAAAAUGGGGAUGAGGUGACGAAAACCACAUUGAAUGACGAUGAAGAACAGUCGUUCGAUACGUUUGAGAAUUUUCCUUUAUCGAUUGUAAAGACAAUCGUUAUGCUAACAGGAGAACUGAACGUAUCAGACAUGCCACUUACGGGUGCUAUACCAUACAUCAUACUUGUAAUAUUUGUGUUUUUCGUUCCGAUUGUUCUUGCGAACCUGAUCAAUGGUCUGGCAAUCAGCGAUAUAGCGGCUAUCAAAGCGGAAUCGGAGAUAAUUGGCCUUGUACAACGUGUUACUGUAAUCCACAAGCUUGAAACCGCCUUGGAGAAUCCAAAAAUUGCGCAAUAUAUUCCUAAUUGUUUUAGAGAAUCCCGACAACCGAUGCUGCGUUUUACGAACGGAUGUAUUGUGCUUUCUGAAAUGGAUGUAAUCCCAUACAUUUACGCCUGGUGGAAGACAAGCAAAACAUCCGAACAUCUGAAAUAUGCGGUUUGGUUAUUGAUAUCGAAACCUACUGAAGAUAGAGACAAUGAAAUGGGAUCGAUCGGUUUAGAAUUUGCUACUGAUGAGUUCCUUAAAAAUUUCCAUCAGAUUCGCUUGGACAUAGACGACAGAACUGUAAAAUAUAUGUUAAACAACUAUACAACCGCAUCUGGAAACCGUGGAACCGGUAGAGAAUGAGUGGACGCAAGAACAAGCACGAUUGGUGACGUUUAUUACAACACUUAUCAGCGCCUUUGAUGAAUUAGUCGUAUCGGUGCAAGAUAGAAAUGCACAAGAGUAAUUAACAAACUUUAUCUAAAUAGUUACCCCUUAUGCCAUAUCGCAAAUUAACGUUGUAUAUAAUCAAAACAUAACAUAAUAAAAAUGAAAAGUAACAUAAUAAAAAUAAAUAAUAAAAAUGAAACGAAAUAUUAAUA